GAUCGCAUCAAAAAUUUUUGUAUGUUUUCUUACUACUGCCUUUUUUUUUUCUGUUUAUUGUUAACGCACCAUGGCUUCUCAGUCAAAUAAGAUUGUCAAAAAAUACAAAGGAACGAAAGGCAGAAAGCAUCAGACAAAGCUGGGUCGUCACGUAGUUAGAAAGAAGGAUGAUGAUCUUGAAGAUAUAGAGUUACUUGUUAUGGAUAAACUGAAAUCGCUAAUGAUCAAUCACAACUACAACGAUGCAAAAGUGCUGUUUCUUGAGCUCCUGAGAACUGCGAGAUUUGCCAUUCCUAAUACUUGGAAGUUAGGUGCUGAAAUACUUGCUAAAACUUCACCUGAACGGUUAACAGAAUAUUUGAAAGCUGUUCAUAUUAAUGCUCCACCUUCUUUGCAAUUUAAAAUUUUCAAUGUAUAUAUUGAUCGGUUGAUGGCUGAAGAGGAUUGGACGACAGCUAUAGAUGAAAUGCAACUGGUGUAUACAAGGCCAUUAUACAAUAAACCCGUAGUUUGGCGCAAGCUGGCUAUAUCUUCAUUUCGGCAAUGGUCAGUGAUACAUCAACAGAAAGUGGACAGAGACACACUUAAGGAUGAAGCUUCUGAGGAUGAUGAGUCUAUGGAUGAGGACAGUAAACAAGAUUUAGAGUAUGAAAGACUAACGAAAGCGACAGCGCAUCGGAGGGAUGAAAAAGAGAUCUAAAGGCUGCUUACUUGAUUGUUUGAAAAAUGUUAAAUCAGCUCCUUGAUGCAACUGGGGAUAGCUGGGG